AGACAGAGCCAUCUGGGGCGCGCGCACCAAAAAGAUGGAGAUGUCGGCGGGAGGAGAUCGGGUUUUCGCCGCGGAAGCCAUCCUGAAAAGUCGUGUUAGGAAAGGUCGAAUUGAGUACCUGGUUAAAUGGAAAGGCUGGGCAUUGAAACACAGCACAUGGGAACCAGAGGAGAACAUCCUGGAUGAUCGACUCAUCUCAGCCUUUGAGCAAAAGGAACGGGAGCAAGAACUUUAUGGCCCAAAGAAACGUGGACCUAAACCAAAACAUUUUGUACUGAAGGCACGAGCACAGGUGGGUGAAACAUCUCGAAGCUCAAAAACCAGACUCACUCCACCUCGCACUGCUGCGAGGCCUCCCACCUCUUCCUCUUCUGCAAGUUCAGCAGCUCCUCAGCCUUCAUCGUCCUCUUCCUACACUACAGCUCCAACCCCCAGAGUGCACUCCCUAGCUGCUGCUCAUAAACUCAAGAAGGAUAUCCACCGUUGUCAUAGGAUGUCUCGUCGACCUUUGCCCAGACCCGACCCCUUGGCUGACCCCACGGGAUCCCGUCCUCCCAUUUCUCCAUUCUCUGAAACUGUCCGCAUUCUCAAUCGCAGGGUAAAACCGCGGGAGGUAAAGCGAGGUCGCAUUAUCCUGAACCUGAAGGUUAUUGACAAAUCUGUAAGCGGUAAAGUAGCUAACAAGAGGACACCACAAUCGUUUUCAGGGCGGGCGAAAAUCCCAUCCCGCAAUCGCAUCAUAGGGAAAAGGCAAGGGGACGUGCCCUACAGGCCAUUCCAGCAUCCAAUGAAAAUGUUGGGAUUCCCUAUGUAUGGUCAGCCUUUUGGGCUCCAUCCCUUUGGGCCAUUAUCUUCCAUGGCCAAUGAAGGGUCAGGAUCUGGAGCCAAUCAAAGUGUUGGAAACUUUGGUGGAAGCCAUUCCUCUACAAAUGUGCAGAAGUUUCAGUACCAGCCUCCACCAUCUCCUUCCAGUUCCAGUGGGUCUAACGGCAGCUCCUCUUCUUCACAGAAACAGCCAACUCCUUGUCAAUCUGAAGUUCCUUCUUCUGCAGCUGGUCCAGCAUCCUGUUCCUACAAUGCCUCCCAACCUCAAAAAGCAGCUAAGCCCAGCUCUACAUCCAGACUGGCACCAUUCCUCCCUUCGACGCCUUCCAAUUCAUCCUCUCCACCAUCGUCCUCUCAUGAAGAUGAAGACCAAGGCUCUCCAAAUGUCUCUGCAUCUCGGGGUGGAAAACGAAAGCUUCGCCAUCGAACCCAGGUGGCUCGAGCUUCGGUCUGCCAGUGAUCCAGUUUUUCAACAGCCUAGCCUUUUGCCCAGUAAUUCCACCUUCUCUUGUCACCUGCCAUCCUGUAGAGACCACGAUUCUCAUACCCCCACAACUAAAGUUCAGAAUCCACCUGAGAAAUCAUCUCAUCAGCAGCUUUCAAACAAAUUUUUUUAUUUUUUUAUUACCCAAGUAAAAAUGGACACACUUGUUUGAUGACACUUCAAGUGGCAAUAUGCCCAUUUAGGCCACAGCAUGCUAAAUAUGCAUCGAAUAGAUCUUGCCAAUCUUUUCCUUUGCUCACAACGAACCCCUGCUCUUGAAGAAUCAGAGUCAUGGCUAAAAUUCUCUGGACCUAGGAGAAAAUUUGUAUGGGUGGGGGCCUUCUUCCCUGGGCCCAAUGAGUAGGCUAUAGCAUAGAGGGCCUUAGUGGGUACCCAUCAUAACAGGGCCCAGAGCAACAUAUUCGGUUGUCCCCACUGACAACGGUCCAGCGAAGAACUGAAGUUUAAGUAGAGAUCACCGUAUCACACAGCACAAUACAUGACUAUUUAUAUGCACGCUCAAAGCUGCAAAAUCUAGAGAACAAUUAAGUUAUUUCCCUCUGCUUGACCUCCGCUCUGAUCCAGAUGUCCACCAAGACUCUAAACUGAUUUAUUUUCAAGUGUGAACGCUGAGGACUGCAUCGAGAGUGUGGUACUGUACAUUAAACCUUCCACAUACUCAUCCACCCACUUCCCUUAUCUGAGAAAUACCUUCUUUUUGCCUCCAGACUACAAUAGUUUCUGUUUUAUGUUAAAUACUUGUUAGAUACUGUAACUUUGGGGCCAAUAACCAGUGGUAAGUUCUCACAGAACUUGAUUGAGGAGUUGGAAACAUCUUUUUUAGAAACCCUUGGGUUUCUUUUAAACCUACCAAAUGUAAUAAAUUGCCUAGGUUAAUGAAACCCUCUUUCGCACUCUCAAACGUUACUGUCUGGAGGCCGUGCGUAUUUUGUUUGUGCUGGUAACUGCAUGUAGGUAGCCCCAUAAGGCUGAAGGUAUACUUGGUUUUUCUGCAUGCUGUUACGCCAAUUUCUUCAUUAGCACAGUCCUUGUGCAGCCCAGGAGGACAGUCUGCAUGCUUUUACAAUUUGCACAUGCAUAGAUCUGCUAUUGAACGAACAAAUAACAACCAAGCUCAGCCUUAAGUACAUUAAUCAUGAAUCGGCAUGAAGGCUUAAGGCCAAAACAUACUCGGAAGCAUCUGCGUACACAUACUUGCGUACGCAGAUGCUUCUAUCUACGUAAGCUUGAUUUUACAUGUAGUUGCAUUCCAAAAUGUGUCAGUAUCAACAUAACACAAAUACGCGUUGCAUUUUCAACGUUGCCUCAAGGGGUGCUAUAGCAGGCAUUAAGGCCUGAGGAUACUUACAUUAUCUGUGUUGCUGAUCGCUCCACACACAGUAUGCAGCACGGCCUGAUUGCGUGCGGCCCAGAUUUUCUCGACCUGCGGACGUGAUCCUUGUAUGUGCACACCGUCAGUGCAUCCGAUGGCUAUUUUUUUUAAAUUACUUUAAACCAAAGUGUUCUAAAGGUGAUUUUUUUACAGUCAAUGGACUGUACUAAAAAAGCACAAAGCAGCUGUGGUGGGCAUGUGUCGAACGCAUUCAUUUUUGCUCAUUGUCAGAAGCGUAUACUCCGAAAGACAACGCCGGGCCCAAUCCGAUACGUAAGGCAGAAAAACAAAGUAUACCCGGGCCUUUAGUUUGAACUGUCCGCUUCUACAGUGAGUUAUCUCUUUCAAGUCAACAACUGUCAUGGUGUAGGGGAACAGAUGGCAUGUGCAUGAUGGCAAUGCGAUAGCCAAGCACUCGCAACUGCCUAUACGUACUUGCAUGAAAUGACUCUGACUUUAUAGCCAAGCAAACAGACACGCAUAUGGAGUGCACUCAAGUAGCAUUGGCUAGUCAAAGUGAUUCCCUGAAAGAAUGCACUCUAUGUAGUUCAUGUGCACGAACUCCGUUGUUGUGCUGUUAACUCAACAACAGCUCUACGAAUUGACUAAAUGGUGAGAAAAUUUCAAUAGAUACCACAGGGUCAAUGGAAAUAUCAGAAACUCUUACCCAGUACAUUUAUAUGUCAAAAUAAGACAAGAAUGCAGCUUUAGAUGCUGUUAAUAGUGAUAAACAGUUCAAAUCUUCAGUCGUGCUGUGCCUGAAAAUUGUGGCAUUGCCGUGUAGGUGCAGAGUUUGGAUGACAAUGUCCUUUUGCUAAUAUACAGUAGCUUUAGAAAAGCUACUGUAUACACACAAUUAUAACUACAUACUAAAGAUUUUAUUAAAGGAAUAGUUCACCCAAAAAUGAAAUUUCUGUCACUUACUAAUCCUUAAGCCUUUCCAAAUCCCAAUUAUUUUCUUUCUUCCAUAGAACACACACAUAUUUACUAAUAAUAUUUUCCUCAACUAUAGCUCUCACUCUGGACAUUCUUCAAACUUUGUGUUCCACAGAAGAGGACUUUCUUUUUUCUGUGAACUAUUCCUUUAAUGUUGAGGUGUAGAAGGGGAUGCUUUUCACUAGGAAAGGACUUUUUUUGGGAAGUCCAGCAAGCAAUAUUCGGUGUGUCUCGUUUAAGAGUCUGCAUGCUCUGGAUGUCGGCCGCAUACAUCAUUGAGGCUCUUGUUUCAGAAAAGCAAGUAUGACACUCCAAAUAUAGCCUUCAAACAUGACCUUUCACAAAAAUUCAGAGGACACUGGAGGUGUAUACUUCAUUGGCACUCUCAACCUACAGUUCUUUGUGUCAAUGUAAACUAAAAUAAUUUUUCAGGAAAAACAAAAUAAUGGCGAUUUAUCCGAAGAUAUAAUGUUGAUUACUAAGUUGAAGCAGUGUAUUUAUAUAUAUACUCAGAGUGCUUGCGUAGGUUAAGAGUAAGACGUGCUGUCGUAGCAACUAUGAUACGUUCUGUUUCCUUUGUCUUACGAAGGCCUUCUCAUUUAAACUAAACUAAGCGUCGUAAGUUAAGGACGCUCUGUAUAGCUACGUACAAAGGACACGUCCUACCUAGCAAUAGCCUUUGCAAUGAGACACACCUAUUAAUAACUUGUCUCAUUAGACCUGAAGAAACGGGUUAAUACAGUUUAUGGCAGCUAACUAGGUGUAUGGAAGGAUGAUAAAAUACCAGACUCCACCAGAGGACAAAGUCAAACCUCAUUAUACGAUUUAAUUAUAGAACAUUGUUGUGUAUGUAGUCAUGAAGCCGUCCUCUAAUGGAGCACUCUUACUCUUUAUCGAUGUGCCUUUAGAGAGAAAUUAACCUUUAUUGUGGACAUGUAUUAUGUUGAAAAAUCUAAUUAUUUACAAAUAUUGUCACUUUUCUUUAUUUUGUUUGUGUGUGUGUGUGUGUGUGUGUGUAUCUAUAACUGUUUCUAACUUAUUAUGAAACUAUAAGUUGGUCAUUACCGUCUAGUAAUUUAGUUAGUUUACAGGCUACCACAAAGAUGAGGAAUGGUUCACCCAAAAUGAAAAUGAUUUCCUUAUUCUGCCAUUUCGUGCAUGUAUGCUGUUUGUUUUACUUUUAGCACAAAAGGAGAAUUUAUAAGAGCCUGUUAUUUUUAAUUAACCAGUUCGUCCAUUUUACAAAUCUGACUGAACAAUUUUUUAAAUAUAGUUAUUAAAUUUUUUUUGGUUGGUUGGGUCAAUUUUAGGGCUCAAUUUCUGUGGUCACUAUGAACUGCUGUUGCAUGUUCUGGAACAAAUCUUUUAGAUUUUGAAUAAUUAAAGGGAUAGUUCACCCAAAAUGUAUUUCUCAUGAAUGAAUCUCAUGAUUUACUCACCCUCUUGGCAUUCCAGAUAUGGGUGUCUUUCUUCUGCAGAACAUAUUAUGAAGAAUUUAGAAGAAUAUUUUAGCUCUAUAGGUCCAUACAUUGUAGCUCCAAAAUCCACAUAAAGGGAGCAUAGAAGUAAUCCAUAAGACUCCAGUGGUUAAAUCCAUGUAUUCACACACAAUAUGAUGGGUGUGGAUGAGAGACUGAUCGAUACUUAAGUCAUUUGUUUUAUCAUACAUUCUCCUCUCUGCCCAGUAGGGGGCAAUAUGCAUGAAUAAUGUGAAUCACCAACAGCAGAAGGUGAAAGUGAAGGAAAAACAACUUAAAUAUUGAUCUGUUUCUCAUCCAGACCUAUUGUAUUGCUUUAGAAAAUUCUCAUCUGGUCUGAAUUUUGUAGCUUCAAAGUGUUGGCACCCAUUCACUUGCAUUGUAUGGACCUACAGUGCUGAAAUAUUCUUCUGAAAAACUUCAUUUGUGUUCAGCAGAAGAAAGUCAUACACAUAUGGGAUUGCCUGAGGGUGAGUAAAUUAUGAGAGAAUUUCUAUUUUUGGGUGAACUAUCCCUUUAAUGAUGACUGAGCUAUUCCUGUAGUGUGAACUCCUCUACUUUUCAGUGUUUUGUUGAACAUUCUUUGAUAUUUUAAUCUGUUUUGUUUAUCAAAGUAGUCAUCAGUUUAUCCCAGGUCUGAAGAAAUUGAUGAUUCUGAAAAUAUCCAUGGUGUUGUCCCAUUUAGGGCAUUACGUGUGGUGCUUUUAGCUGCUCUGUUUUUCCCCAUGUUGUUGUUAACUUGGUCUACAAAGUGUUCCACAUACAAACAGUCAAGUCUUUGUUUACCAUUAUAUCCUAAAUGGUAGGAAAUAGAUGUCACUAUGGUGUGAACCAGUGCAAGAUUGUUUCACCUAAAGAGGUAGCUUAGCACUAUAAUAAUAUGUGGCCUACAUUUCAUGCAAUAGGGCUUGUAUUUUAUAGGAUGUAGCCAUCAGAGCCCGUCAUGGCACAGAUUAUGAGAUUAUGUUUUUGAAAAAAUAAGGUGUGGAUGAAGGUACUAGAGAUUGCAAUCCUCAAAUAGCAGAUCAGAUGUGUUUUUCGAGGAGUUUUAUUAUUAUUUCUGUACUGUAGAAUUGAAUGAUACGUGCUGCCUUUAUUUUAUAGCCAUUGUUCCAUUUUAAUAGUCUAAUUUGGGUUUGAGAGAAUGGAAAACCCAAACAACUGAACUAAGUGUGAUUUAUAUAAGUCAUCUUUUUUGUAGUAAAGUUAAUUAUUAUGAUAAUGUUGCUAUGACAUCGUAAUGUAACGAAUGCAUGAUUUCUGAAACCUAAUUGUACAGGUCAUUUAAAUGUCAUGAUGUUGUUGCUUUGUGUGUUUCAUGAAACAUGCUUUUAAUAAAAUUCCU